CAGGGGAACUGACCUCAGCCCACAGAGAGCGGCAUAUAAAACAGGCUGGGUCGGUGGUGAGGACGUAGUGAGCGAUGGAAGGCGCUCUUACGAGAUCCAGAAGUUGUUAUUUCACACCCCAGAGGGAUUUCCAGUCAGAUGCAUGACUAGUUUUUCGGAUUCUCGGAAAAGGAUGAGGGGUGUUUUCCUUCGCUACGUCUUUCUGUGGGCCACGCUGCAGCGGGGCUGCAGACCGGCCGCGGCGGUACCUGCCUCAGUUCUGAAUCACUGUGAAGGGGACCUUCUUCUGUUGCUGGACUCUUCAGGAAGUGUUUCAAACUACGACUUUUAUCAGUUUUUGUACUUCAUCUCUGAUCUGCUCCGCCCCUUUUCUUUGGGCCAAGGGCAUGUGAGAGUGGCUCUGCUGCAGGUGGGCUCCAGCCCUAAGCUGGAGUUCAGCUUCGAUCAGCACAACAACCAGGAAAGUCUGCAGACAGCUCUGCUGAGAGUCUCUCAACUGCAGGGAGAUACCAACAACGUGGCCGCACUGGAAGUGGCCCACCGGAUUCUGACAAAGACAGAUCGGAACGUGCCAAAGGUUUUGCUGUGGCUGACCGAUGGAGUGCAGCCUGGAGCCGUGGACAAGCCAAUGUCUGAGCUGAAGGCACAGGGAGUGUCUGUGCUAAUUGUUUUUAGCGUUUAUGGAGAUUACAAGGUGUUAAAACGUGUGGCAACGCCUCCUCUGAAAUCCCACCUUUACUCUGUGGACAUAGACAGCCUCGACAUCAUCACGGAGGAACUGAGGACAGCAAUCGUCAAAAUUAUUUGUGCACAACAGCUGAACGUGAUCCAUUUGGCCUCCCAUAGUGCUGUGCUACAGUGGAGUCCUGUUCUGACUGCAGAGACCGGUUACUACGAGCUGUCCUAUAAGUCUGUAAGGACAAGUGGCACUGAGCUCAGAAAGACUUUGCCAGGCGAUUCCACCAUGACAGAGCUGACUGGCCUGCAACCUGAUACUUCAUACACAGCUUUCCUCCACCCAGAGUCCAAUGAGAGGCUUUUCGGCAAACUGUCUGUGAGCUUCACUACACUUCCUGAUGUAUUUAGUCCAGCAGAGAUCUCCUUGUCAGAAUUGGGCCCUCUUCAAUUUCGGGUCACCUGGGGUCCCCUUCAACCAGACCGGGUGAAAAGAUACAAAGUGGAGUAUGGAGUUAUUCCAAGCGGCCGCGUGCAAAUUUUGACGUUACAAAGCCAGGCUGAAUCCGCUUUACUGACCGGGCUGGAGCCGGGCAGUCAGUACCUAGUCACAGUCAGCGCUCUGCAUGGAGACGGAAAGGAGCGGGCCAUGUCGGUUAGGGCAUGCACUGAAGAAGCUCUGCCUGCUCUGGUGGACCUCCAGCUGGCCCCAGUAGAGGGACAUGUGGCGCAGGAGAUGCAGGCGGCAUGGCAAGCACAUACAGUUGGGUUGGAAGGCUUUUGGGUCAGCUUGGAGACGAAAAACUAUCAACCCCCCUUUGCAGAGCCCUCCAAAUCCACCAUGUACUUACCCUCAUCGACGUCUUCUGUUCGGCUCACCCGCCUUGCACCAAGCAGUCGAGUGUGUGUGUUUCCAGUCUACAGGUCAGGCCGAGGAGAAGGAAUAUGCUGCGCUGCCGGGGCACAUGGGGGUUUGUUGGAUUAAAUAUAGCCAAGAACUACUGCAAAUGACUCUGUGUUUGAACCUAACGUUGACACUAGGAGUGAGUGUGAGAUUACAUGGUCGUUUGUCUCUGAGUGUGGUGAGCUCAUAAGCUGUCCAGGGAGCACUUGGCCAGUUACAGCUGGGAUUGCCUUCCUCAUUGAAUCAAGAGAGUGUAGAUAUUGAAUUACUGCAUGAAUGAGUUCAAAGCUCGUUCAUUAAAGUAGUUUAAUUUCUCUUCAUUUUGAAAUAUCCCAACAAAUGUUAAUCAUCUAAUAUUUGUCAGGCAGAUGGAACAGGAGAUUUUGAUGUUUGAUAGAUAAUAUCUUGAGGCAAAUAUUUUACUUGAUGUAAAUGGUAGUAUUGCAGAACUAAUUUCUUCAAACAUAUACAUUUGGUUAUGUUACUGUAGCAUACAUAUAAGGAUAUAGUAAAAGUACAUGUAUCCAUUUAUUAUGCAUACUGCUUAUUCCAAGUACAUUUUUUAGGGGGGAAAGUUCAAACUGUUCAGUCAUGGGAUGUUCAUAGUCUUCUUAAAGUUGCUCUUUAUUUAUUUUGAAUAAGAAAUUAUAACACAGUAUCUCAUGUGAAAAUACAAAUUAUCAAUGCCAGAUUUGAUAAAUGUGCAAUGUCUCGUUUCUUAAAUGAAGUAGUUGAAUUAGCUAGAGGACUACUACUUCAAGUUUUGUUUUUGUAAUUAGUGCAAAGUUAAUCUCUUAGAUAUUGUCAAUACAUCAAUGUCCUGAAUCCCAUUAACACGGAGUGAGUUACCCAAAAAACAUAGAUAAAUAACAAAACUGCAAUGAGUUACAGUGCCACUCUAUGUUACGGAAAAUAUGCGAUCGCUCUCCUAAUCUCCUAGAAAUAAACAUUCAAAGGCUGGAACAAACAUUGCACUGAAACCAUAGAGUGUUUUUUUUUUGUUACUGUACAUGAAGGAAAGUAGCCUAUAUGUUCUUUCUAAGUAAAUGUCAUUUAUGUCAAUAUCGAAACACAGUUUAGUUUAAUGCUGAGAUGUAAUGAGAAUGUUUUUGAUUUAUUUGUUUUUGCUGGUUUUACUGAAGAGUUAUAGCUCAAGUUUUCUAUCGUGACAUACUUCUGUUUGAAAUUUCCAAAUUACAUUGAGCAAGUUUUUCUUAUUUAAAAAACAAUUGCAUAAAUCACAAAUAAAUGUUUUAUGUGUUCACUGGUAUUUGAUAACUUGUUUGUAAGGCCAUCUGGUGGAUUUCAGCCAUAAUUACAUGGGAAGAAAAUAAACCAUAGAAAAUGUAAAAUGUCAUUUUUUCUGGUGAAAAACAAGAUUCAC